AUGGAAAACGUCUUUCCCGACCCCGUUCACCAACAAAUCUUCUCGCAUCUGAGUCCCCGCCGCGGCGAGCUGCCGAUUCAUGUGGUGGAGACGAUUGCUGGCAACAUCUCUUUCCUGGUCAAAUACACGGCUGGCUACAAAGUUCUCCCCUCCCAAGUCUCUGUCAGCGUCGUUGACGUGCGCGGGCCUGAUAAUGGUCUGCUCGGCCACAAGGCCAUGGUGUGCAUACAUGGCGCCCCGGGCCGCUUCAAGGUCGUCGUUACCAAGGAAGUCGCAUACGGCCGCAACGUCGUCAUCGGGCUGAGUGAAAAGGUGGAUCGCGUUGUGCGCGAGAUUGUGAGUAAGGAGGGCAACGACGGGUUUGGUGAUUUUUGA